AUGAAAUAUCGCUCGUGUGUAACGGCCCUAACACCAGAAAAUACAAUACAGUUAGUAAAAGCAGCUUGUGCACUUCAUAACUGGAUCAGGAAAAAUGGAAAGAAUCCAAACUCAAUAUCUGUAGAUAUAGAAGAUACAGAAACUGGACGUCUUCUUAAUGGCUCAUGGAGGAAUGAUACGAGUAUUACAGGUUUACAGCAUUUUGGAACAAUGUUGCAGCGAAAUUCUAAUACAGAAGCAAAAGAUAAAAGAAAUAGCUUGGCUGAUUAUUUUGUAGGAGAAGGAGCAGUAAAUUGGCAGAAUCGAAUGAUUUAA